AUGUCACGUCAAGCUAGAGCAUCAGCGUUAUGUGCUACUGCAACUGCUGCAGCAGGUAUAGCAUUCUACACGCUUCCUAGCAUACAACGUACAGCGAGUCGAACACUACACCUCGACUCGCCUCUAGAGGUCGACAACCGCGCCAAGUCCCUUGGCAAUAUCACUGAUGAGUCAAGCAUGCGACUACGAAUGGAUCGAUUUGUGAAGCAAAAGCAAGCAGAAAUUGUUGCUGCUUUGGAGCAAAUUGAUGGGCAUCAUUUCAGAACAGAUCGCUGGGAGCGGAAAGAAGGCGGGGAGGGCAUCUCGUGUGUUUUGCAGGAUGGCACAGUGUUUGAGAAGGCAGGUGUGAAUGUUUCUGUGGUGUAUGGCAAGUUACCACCAGCUGCUGUUGCCAAGAUGCGUGCUGAUCACCGUGGACUGGCAGAGACAACGGUUGCCUUGCCCUUCUUUGCUGCUGGCCUCUCACUCGUUGUGCACCCACAUAAUCCAAUGUGCCCUACUGUGCAUCUCAACUACCGCUACUUUGAGAUUGAGAAUGAAGACGGCACACCGCGUGCUUGGUGGUUUGGCGGUGGUUCAGACUUGACGCCCACCUACCUCUUUGAUGAAGACGCGAUUCAAUUCCACGCUGAAUUGAAAAAGGCCUGCGAUAAGCAUGAUCGCAGCUACUAUCCGAAAUUCAAGAAAUGGUGCGACCAGUACUUCUUUAUCAAGCACCGCAAUGAAUCUCGUGGCAUUGGUGGCAUCUUCUUUGAUGACUUGGAGGAUAAAGACCCCGAAGAACUCUUCAGCUUCGUUAAAGAUGCAGCGGAUGCAUUCUUACCCGCCUAUGUACCCAUUGUCAAGCGUCGGAUUGCUAUGCCGUUUACAGAGGAAGACAAGCAAUUCCAGGCGAUCCGUCGAGGCAGGUACGUUGAAUUCAACUUGGUCUAUGAUCGUGGCACCCAUUUCGGUCUAGCGACACCCGGUGCACGAAUCGAGAGUAUCCUCAUGUCCUUGCCAUUACACGCGAGUUGGGUCUACCAGCACGUUCCUCAGGGUCCACGCGAGUCCAAAAUCAUGGAAGCUUUACAGACACCAAGAGAAUGGGUUUGA